CUUUGCAAACAUUUCAAACACCCUUCUGUCUCUCUGUCCUCAUCUCAUCUUCUUCUUCUCUUCCUUCCCUUUCCCCUUCUUUACCAAUCCUUAUCCUGUUUUAGCUUUAGUAUAAACAAUAAUAUCAAAUACCCUUUGCUUUGACUCGAAGCAAUAGAAUGGAGGGAAAAGCUAGCUCUGACCUUCCUCCUGGUUUCAGGUUCCACCCCACGGAUGAAGAGUUGAUCAUUUAUUACCUCAGAAACCAGGCGAAAUCAAGGCCAUGUCCUGUUUCGAUAAUCCCAGAAGUUGAUAUUUACAAAUUUGAUCCGUGGCAAUUGCCUGACAAAGCAGGAUUUGGUGAAAACGAAUGGUACUUCUUUAGCCCUCGAGACAGGAAGUACCCUAACGGGGUUCGUCCCAACAGGGCUGCUGUCUCAGGGUAUUGGAAGGCUACCGGGACAGACAAAGCGAUCUACAGUGGUUCGAAAUACGUAGGGGUGAAGAAGGCUCUCGUGUUCUACACGGGCAGGCCACCGAAGGGUAUCAAGACUGACUGGAUUAUGCAUGAAUAUCGAUUGAGCGAUUCCCGAAAGCAAAUCAGCAAGCAAAAUGGAUCCAUGAGACUGGAUGAUUGGGUCCUGUGCAGAAUCUACAAGAAGAAGCAUUCAGGGAAAGUUUUGGAUCAAAAACUUGAAGAAUCAAAUACCCCAAUUGACAUGAUAGAGUACUCAAAUGAUGCUAGUGAAAGCCAACAAAUGUUGAAAUUUCCGAGGACAUGUUCAUUUACACAUCUACUGGAAUUGGACCACAUGGGUCCAAUUUCCCAUCUUUUGAGUGAAAACACAUACAAUGCCAGCUUUGAUUUUCCUAACAACAUAGGCAAUAGCGGGACUGACCACCAUGUUGAGAAACUUCAGCUAGGAGAAGUACCUUACGAAUACUCUGAUUCAGGGAAGUUUCAAGUGAAUCUGAGUGGGAACCUAUACCAGCAAGUAUACAUGAAUCCCAUGGUGUACCAGUUUCAGCAAUGAGAUUUGCAUUAGAUUGCUUUUAACCUUAAAGAAAAUAUUGGAUUGGCUAGACACAUAAGCAAAUGGACCACCCUUUUCUAUUAAAAAACUUGUAAAAAAAAAAAGAAAGAAAUGUUUGCCUGAGAGAUUAUAUCUUUUUAGAUGAUUAAAUUUGUGAUAUAGGUUGCAGCCAUCUCAAUAUUCAAGAAUUAUAAAUUCAGAAUGAUUAAUAUAAGUAUUUGUAUUGAAUGA